UCCAACAGGAUGCUCCACUGCAGCGGCUGCAAGGUGUCCGUGCACCAGAGGUGUUACGGCGUGCAGGUGGUGCCGGACGGCUACUGGACGUGCGCAUGGUGCGACGGCAUCAGUUCCGCGCCCGCGCGGAUGCUGUCGCUGAACGAUGGGGGCAGGAUCGUCUCUAUGCCUUGCGUGCUCUGCCCCAGGGAGAAAGGUGCUUUGAAGCCUGUGAAAUGUGACCCUGGACAGACUGCAGAUGGGGGCAACCUGAGUUUCGCGCACCUGUUUUGUAGCCUGUGGGCGCCGGAGGUUUUUGUAGAGGACAUGGACUCGAUGGAACCUGUCACUAAUAUAGGAGAUAUCCCAGAGAAUCGGAUAAAAAUGGUCUGCACUCUCUGCAAGGUUAUGCAUGGUGCAUGCGUUCGAUGUAGCCAUGGAACAUGCCGGGCUUGCUUUCAUCCAAUAUGUGCAAGAGAAUCUAAGCAUCAGAUGGAGAUAUGGGGCAAAUCUGGGCUUAAGAAUGUUGAGUUGAGGAUAUUUUGCUCAAGGCAUUCUAGAGUCAGAAGCAUCAGUUCUGUACACAAUGCCAAUGGUGUUACUGAACAGGAUACUGCACGAGUUGGGCUGGAUGAUGAAAUUUUUACCACAGACAAGAAACAACAAAUGAGAUUUACACGCAAGAGUAAGGACAAAUUCAUGAACGGCAUAUCCAUCAGCUCUAGUUCGUCCAGCCUAAACAAAGUGCAGACAGCGGAGCUGGUUACAACACCAUGUACUGCUAGAGCCAUCGAAACUCAACAAAUCGAACAGACACACAUGGUUGUUGAUCAGCCUACAGGAGAUGGGAAUCUUGUGAGCAGUUCUACUGAUGUUUCUGCAGUUCUCAGAAAGCUAAUUGACCAAGGAAAGGUUAGUGUUGGUGAUAUAGAAUCAGAACUGGGUCUGUCCUCAGAAUCCUUGGAAGCUGCUCUUGUGCCUGAAACAACCACCUUCUCCCCUGGUCUGAAGUUGAAAAUCAUCAAGUUGCUGCAAAACUCCGUUCAUGUGUCUUCUGUUCAAGUGAAACCUCUUGAAGAGAGUGAUAUAGCACCAGAAGGUACAUUGCUUAGAAGUGAAAGUAAGAACUUAACUGAUUCACAACCUGGCUCAGAACUGGAGGAAGGCAUCUCAUCAUUUGAUCAUAACUAUCCUGACAGUGAUAAAGCUGAUAAAGACUGCUCUAAUUCAGUAGAAAAUUCCUCGCACACUGGUCGUGAUUGUGAAGACGACCAUAUUUCUGGCCAACGUGUUCUCAACAUUGAUGGUUAUCGCUGCUAUAUUCAUCCAUACGUCGAGAAAAAGUUGCAGGAUUUGUGGGGUCAUAUUUCGAAUCAGAAUAAGCAGUCUUGUUAUCAUGUUGAAGAGUUAUCCUGCGUUCCUCAUGACCAAAAUCUUGCUGAUUUAUCAACAAAACUUGAGCAAUUAACAGAGAUAGCUGCAGCUGAUGAAGCUUCUAAAGCAGAAUCGUCAGAUAUUCUAGAGCAUUCACCCCGUGAUGAAAUAGAAGGAGAAAUCAUUUAUUUUCAAUCCAGGCUUCUCAAUGAUGUUGUAUCCAAGAACCAGAGAUAUGAAGACCUUAAAUUCAAGGUCGUCCAGAGUCUUUCCCAUGAAUUGGAUUCUUUUAAUAAACGAAAAUGGGACCAUAUCAUUGUGAAUCAGUUCCUUCGUGAUAUAAGGGAAGCUAAGAAACGCGGGAACUCAGAGAGGAGACACAAAGAAGCUCAGGCUAUCCUAGCUGCAGCUGCACCUUGUGCUGCACCCAGCUUGAGAAAUGAAACUUUUAAGAAAGAGACAGAAAAUGAUGCAGCGCCUGUCAAACAAGAGAGUAUUACAAAAAUCAAUGCUGGAUCUUUACGAGUUAGCCAAUUGACUUUGUUGCCGCAAACAAAGGAUCUAUCAUUUUCAAACAGUAAAGUCUCAGCAGAUAGUAAUUUUGGCAUUUUUGAUCUGGCUAAAUUUUCUAAGAAAAAUGAUCUUCCAUGUGAUGUGUGCAUGCGGCGUGAAACUGUAUUGAACCGAAUAUUUCUCUGCUCAAGCUGCAAGCAGGCUGCUGUCCACUUGGAUUGCUACCAGAGUCGGAUGAAUCCCACAGGUCCUUGGAAGUGUGAACGUUGUCAAGAGAUGUUAUCAGAUACUGUCAUCUCUGCCAAUGCAUCUGAUUGCAGUGGUGCGAUAUCAUGGUUGGUGCAUUGUGGUUUCUGCCAUGGUACAUUAGGAGCUUUUCGCAAGACUACAAAGGGCCAAUGGGUUCAUGCUUUUUGUGCUGAGUGGCUCUUGGAGAACACAUUCAGAAGGGGACAACAUAAUGCUGUUGAUGUAAUGGAGGAGAACCUUCUGAAGGGAGACACAUGCUCGAUCUGCCACCACAAUGUUGGCACAUGCUUGAAGUGCUGUACUAUAGGUUGUCAAGUCACUUUCCAUCCUGCAUGUGCUAGGGAUGCUGGUCUUUACAUGAAUACGAAAAAGAUCGGUAACUUAUGGCGGCACAAAGCAUAUUGUGGCAAUCACAGUACUGAGCAAAGAAAGGUCGACUCUCAGCAGUAUGGACCUGAGGAAGUCAAGAUCAUGAAACAAAUGAGGGUUGAAUUGGAAAGAUUGCGCCUUCUUUGCGAGAGGAUUGUUAAAAGAGAGAAGGAGAAGAAAGAGUUGGUUGUAUGUGAACAUGAUAUACUUGCUGUAAGAAGGGACUAUGUUGCCUCCUCGAUCCAGACUCCAUUUUAUAUGUCGGGAACUGGAGCAAGUUCAGAAUCUGCCACUACUUCUGUUAACAACAAUUCAUAUAGUGGAAAGAGGCAAAGAUCGGAUGAGGUCACAGUGAGAUCCGAUGAUGUCACGGUGGAUAGUACUAUUUCCAGGAAAAACACCGUCAGAUUUCCCAUUCAUAGCAAGGACACAGAUAGGAAUACAGCUGACAGUUCGACAUCAACAAUAUCGUACAAGCAGAAGUUGGAUGAUGGGGAAUUACUUGCUGAUAAGAAUCUUCAAGAAAGAGCAGUUGUUGCCUCACAAAAAUCAGGAGACGAAGAAACAAAGAACAGUUCGACAUCAACAAUAUCGUACAAGCGGAAGUUGGAUGAUGGGGAAAUAAUUGCUGAUAAGAAUCUUCAAGAAAGAGCAGUUAUUGCGUCACAAAAAUCAGUAGACGGGGAAACAAAGAACAGUUCGACAUCAACAAUAUCGUACAAGCUGAAGUUGGAUGAUGGGGAGUUACUUGCUGAUAAGAAUCUUCAAGAGGGAGAAGUUACUCCGUCACAAAAAUCAGUAGACGGGGAAACAAAGAACAGUUUGACAUCAACAAUAUCGUACAAGCGGAAGUUGGAUGAUGGGGAGUUACUUGCUGAUAAGAAUCUUCAAGGGGGAGAAGUUAUUGCCUCACAAAAAUCAGGAGACGGAGAAACAAAGUCAAUAGAUAAAAAGUAUGGAGAAACAGUUCAAAACGAACUUGUUGCAACAUGUGACCAAGCUAGGUCACUGAAACCAUGUGAUCAAGCUAUGCCACUGAAACCAUGUGACCAAGCUAUGCCACAGAAACAAGUCCCUCCAAAGAGAUAUGUUUAUACUCGCAAAAAGAAGCAACGGAUUCAGGAUGUGGUGCAGGUGCCUGGGAAUGCAUAGCAGCAGCAGAUCAGAGUGGCUCCGUCCUUGAUCGACAGGGAUAUGGGGGACAUGGUUCGGUGCCUGAAAAGCAGAUGGCAGCCAGCGGGGCUGGCGAGUGUUAUUAUCACACAGCCACAGGGGCACGGACAGGCGGAGGUUAUAAAAUGGUGCUAACCGAGUCAUUAUAAAAUGGUGCAAACCGAGUCCUUCAGUGUGUAUUGAGCUUAUAUCCAGGUUUGAUCCGCUAAGCUGAUGCCACCCAGAUGACGUGGCAAUAUGGGUGAAUUCAUCCACUAAUUUAGUUAUUCAAGGGCAGGUUUUGUGAAAUAUGCUCUGUACAUUGUCAUCUUUGGAGUUAUUAGAUUAGUUGUGUAACAGAGAACAAUUAACUAGCAUUAGCGGGCGAUGAUAGAAGAGGCCAGAGUUGUCACUGACUUGACAUCUGUAGUUGACAAUUGACAUCUGUAGCUAACAACCGGUAGGCCAUGUGCAAAUGAAUUAUCUCUGUA